CAGUGGAAGCAGCCCCCUCAGACUUGCCCCCCCCGGGAGAAUUAGUCCCGCCCCCCUUGAGGGCGGGGCUUUGUGUGUAUGCUAUGCGAAAUUCCUUCGGCUGCUGGAUCAGGAGCAAAGUCCUGGAGGUUAACGGGAAGAGCUCGGUGGCUGGGAUGUCACAAUCAUUCACGAUGUGUCGCGUGAAGUACGACCACAAGCCUAAAGGCAGCAGUCGUCUGUUUCCAGCACGAUGUCUGGCUUAUAACGAGCCGGCGAAUGUCAGACUUACUAUAGGCACAAGAAUCAUCGCUCUCUUCAAAGACGCGCAGAAUCCGUUGAAAAAGGACGCCUUUUACUCCGGAAUUAUUGCAGAGGUUCCCAACCCGGUCAACAACUACAGAUACCUGGUAUUCUUCGACGAUGGUUACGCUCAGUACGUGCGUCAUCGUGACACGCGAGUCGUUUGCGAAAGUUCCGCACUUGUGUGGGAGGAGGUGCAUCCAUUCUCGCGGGAGUUCGUGAAGGAAUACCUGAUAGCCUACCCUGAGAGGCCGAUGGUGCGGCUACACGCUGGACAGAGCUUGAAGACUGAGUGGAAUGGCAAAUGGUGGGCAUCCCGCGUGGUCCAAGUCGACGCGUCUCUGGUCCAAGUGCAUUUCGAAGAGGACAACCGAUCCGAGUGGAUCUACCGCGGGUCCACCAGGCUCGCACCACUGUUCUUGGCGCUGCAGAGGAAGCGAGCGCGACCCAUGCCUAGGACUAAGGCGCAGCCGCAGAUCAAUAUGCCGUACGUGGAGUAUACGAGGUCAGAAGAACAGAACAAGUCCGAACCCGCACCGCCGGCGCCGGCGCCACCUAGCGAAAGGGAGAACCGUCAAAGGGCAGUGGCCAAGAAGUCCACAGCGUUACCGCCUGCACCACACGCGCCUGCGCCGCCGCCCGCUGCCGAUAGCGUCACCAGCAGAGUCGUGUACUACACGCCCAAGAAAGUGGUCACGCCUCUAAAGAUGGUCACUCAUAACUGCGGAGCGCACUGUAAGAGGAAGGAUGUACUGGCGCUGAAGGAUCUGAGGACUUACAACCCGCUGGCGAAACCGCUGCUCAGUGGCUGGGAGAGACAAAUCGUCCGCUACAAAGGCCACAAGGAAGUGAUGUACAAAGCGCCGUGCGGCCGCCGCCUACGCAACAUGAGAGAGUUGCACAGAUAUCUCCGUCUCAUCGAGUCGGACAUGGCGGUGGACCUGUUUGACUUUACGCCGCACACACACUGUUUAGCUGAGUUCGUGUUGAACAAGUGCUUGGUUGGGAAGAAGGACUUAUCCCACGGCAGAGAAAACGUGCCAGUCCCAUGCGUGAACUAUUACGACGAGUCGCUGCCCGAGUUCUGCUCUUACAACACGGAACGGACGCCCACUGCUGGGGUCCCACUAAACUUGGACCCUGAGUUCCUGUGCGGGUGUGAUUGUACUGAUGAUUGUGAGGACAAGUCGAAGUGUGCUUGCUGGCAACUGACAUUAGAGGGAGCUCGCACCAUCGGGCUGGGCGGCCCACGCGUGGGAUACGAGUACAAGCGGCUACCUGAACCGCUGCCUUCAGGAAUAUAUGAAUGCAACUCUAGAUGCAAAUGUAAGCACACGUGUCUCAACAGAGUAGCGCAACAUCCACUACAAUUGAAGCUUCAGGUAUUCAAAACCCUGAACCGUGGGUGGGGCAUCCGAGCGCUCAAUGAUGUGCCCAAAGGAUCUUUCCUGUGCGUGUACGCAGGAAAUCUGCUCACAGACGCCACCGCUAACAUGGACGGUCUCAAUGAAGGCGACGAGUACUUAGCUGAGUUGGACUACAUAGAAGUGGUGGAGGGAAUGAAGGAAGGGUACGAAGAGGAUAUACCGGAAGCCGACAAGCGCUUGGACAAGAAGAACGUGGCGAAAGACUCAGAAGAAUCCGAAAUGUCCAGCUCGGAGGAAGAAGAUGAAACGCCGUCGAAGAACGAGCAGGAAGACGGCGACUUCUGUCCCGGAAUCAUCACGUCUGGGGUCACUAAGUUUAGCAAACGCCUGCGGAAGCGAGAAAAAAAUAAAAAGAAGAAAGAAGAGGAAGCUGCCAAGGAGAAAGAUGGCAAAUCCGAGUCGGACUUCAUCACCAUCAGCGAUGAUGAAGAAGUUCGUGAGCCAUCUCAUUUCAUGGCCCAAGCCGGGAUGGGGAGAGACUUCAUAUCAAAAUACAAAUCAGUUCGUUCGUACUUCGGCAAAGAUGAGGCUUGUUACAUUAUGGACGCCAAGGUUCAAGGCAAUAUUGGCAGAUAUCUUAAUCACUCCUGCCAGCCCAACGUAUUCGUGCAAAACGUAUUCGUAGACACACAUGACCCGCGUUUCCCAUGGGUGGCGUUCUUCGCUCUGUCCCAUAUUAAGGCAGGCACGGAGCUCACUUGGAACUACAACUAUGACGUGGGUUCGGUGCCCGGUAAGGUCUUGUAUUGUUACUGCGGCGCAACCAAUUGUAGGGGGCGCUUGUUGUAAGUCACGUGACUGAUACUAGCUUCGCAAUGUAGUCUUUGGUGUUUGCAGAUUUUGUUAGAUGUCAUAUUGAAAAUCAAGUGACAAAUAGGUCCAAAAUGUACUAGGAUAGUAAUGUAUCUUCUUUGGUGUAAAAUAUCACUUGGUGAUAAUAUCAAGUGACAAAUACUAGGUCCAAAAUGUAGUAGGUUAAUACUGUAUCACCUUUUGUAGUUAUGAAUUUUGUAAGACAUGAUGAUAAUAUCAAUAUUAAGUGACAAAUACUAGGUCCUGAAAUCUAUUAGGUUAAAUCUUAGGUUACUGUACCUUUUGUGGUUGAAGACUUUGUAAGACGUCACUUGAUAAUAUCAAUCAUCAUCAUCUCAGCCGUAGGACGUCCACUGCUGAACAUAGGCCUCCCCCAAUGCUUUCCAUGUUGCCCGGUUGGUAGCGGCCUGCGUCCAGCGCCUUCCUGCUACCUUUAUGAUAUCCGAAAUGUACUAGGUCGAUAUAGGUGGCAUAACGAAAGUUGAGGCGAACACGUACUCACACUGAUGUAAUAUUUGAAUACAGAGCAGAAACAUUCAAGUUCUAAUAUCGACGACUACUAUCUCGUUCUUGUUAAAUACGUGCAAGCGAGACAGAAAGCAACUGUCAGUCCGACUACGCAAGUCGUCAAUACGACGAGCGUGUACAGAUACAAAUCUUUGCUUGCGUUGAUCGCCUCAACUAUUAUUACGCGACCUAUACUGCAUGUCUUUGGUCGGAGAUUUGACACUAUCAAGUGACUAGCUUCGAAGAAUACUUCGAUAUUACUGUCCAUUUCCGGUAUUUUAGUCAUUACCUUAUUAAGUGUCUCUUGUUGAUAUUUCAUAUCAUGUGCUAGCUAAGUUUUUUUGUUGUGUUUAAAUGUAACAAAUACUAGGUUCUCAAAUUAGUUCUUUUAAGAUAUAGUAGGAACAAAUAGAUUCUACGAAGUAACGCCCGUAUUCACAAACAAUGCUUGCUUAAGUGAAGCAGCAAAUCCAAUGGACAACGUUGAAUAGAGCUCUGUGAUUGGUUCGUGUGUCACUCUGUGCGUCCACGCGCACUGUGAGACCUAAUAGUAAUGUUUGUGAAUACGGGGCCGUAAGUCUCAUGUAUUAUUAUGAAACCCAAUUUUAGAGAAAUAUCUGUUACUAAUAGUAUCUGUGAAAUUUGUCAUUUAAUAUUGUAAUAGUAGUGACUAACUAAAAACUAGAAGUAAUAGCCGUAUCAUAAGUUUUAAGAUUAAAUAGCCAAUAUUGUCUGCUUCUUCUGCUUUGCCUUAUCCCGAUACGCGGGGUUGGCUUUCCCAGUCAUGCGCCACCAUUUGAUUCUGUCUUGAACGUCUUGUUGAAAAUAUUUGCCAAUGUUAGAAAUAUUCAAACACAGUGUUAUAAGUUUCAAAACAUCAAAAACUUAUGCUGAAAGUGUAACAUAACAUUUGUAUUGUGUCAAAUUAGCAUUUAAUAUAGGUAGCUCAAUUUACCACAUUAUGGCUGGGUUGCACCAUCUUACUUUAACAAACGUAAACAAUCUAUCAAACUCCAUACAAAAGGCACCAGUUAUCGUUAAAGUUACGGUCAAAGUUAGGUCGUGCAACUCAGCCUUAGACUUUAAAAUUAUCCUAAGUAUUAAGUCCAAAAUCAAUAGGAAAAAUUACAUUUUAUAUUAUCACGCGUAAUAUUGUAAACUAACAGUGGGUUAGGUUAGGAUCAGAUUAUAAUCUGACGAAAUUCACAAUUUUACGGUGACUUACAACCGUAUUCACAAACGAUGCUUGCUUAAGUGAAGCAGCAAAUCGAAGGCACAGCGUUGAAUAGAGCUUUGCAAUUGGUUUGUCUGUGACACUGUGAGACCUCAUAGUAAUGUUUGUGAAUACUGGCGUUAUACGUUGAUUCGCUGGUAUAAACUACAUUUUAUGGUAUUGUGAAUUGUGAGAUAUCUCAUCAAGUUGUUUUGAAUCUUUUUGACCUUAAUUUUCAGUUUCCAUCUUUGCCGAUAUACACCAGUAGGUCUAGGAAAGAUAAGCCUAUACAUUUGUCAUCUAAAAUCAUAGAUAAAUUAUAUCACGGCACGUAUCUUAGCCCGGCACGGGUUCGAUCCCCCACGAUACAUUUGUGCGUGAACAAAUAUUGGUUCAUCUAUCAUAGGAAUCAAAAUUAUUUUUACCUAUGUAUAUUUAUUGUCUUGAAUAUAAAUUGAAUAUCUUAAAGACUACUUAUGAUUUAGUUGUUUGUAUCAUAAUAAUCUCGAAUGUGCGUUUUGUAAAUAAAUAUUGUGUUCAGUUUUAGUGAAAUAAAUAAAUUGAAAUGUA